AUGAGUGAGGGAGAGAUACUCAACACAUCAACUAUCCUUCAGAAAGUGAAGGAUGGAAAGAAAAUAACUGAAAAAGAGCAUUCCUAUCUUUCCCACCACUUUAGUAACGAGUUUUUCCAACAUGAGAGAGUCUCGCAUAACAACACAAUCAAUGCUCUCCCUUCUCAGACGUUCCAUAUUACAGUAAUCGGAGAGGGAUCUGAUGAAAGAGGAGCUUUCUUAGAAGGCAUUCAAAAGUAUUACAAUCAUGUCCAGUACUCAAUAGGCAUUGGCAAUGUGUAUUACAGAUUCACCUUCUAUAAAACCAAUGAAAGUUUGAUGGGACAAGAUGAGGUAGAAGACACAAAAUAAUUAUGAACAAUUGAUUCAGAUAACUCUGAAAUUUUAUUCAAAGGCAGUAAAUACUGAAAUUCCAGAAAAUAUUUUUGAUGAGAGAGACAUGAUCAUCGCAUCAGUAAACCCAUGAGAGAAAUCUUCAUUAGAUGUUCUACAUUCUUUGAAUGAACUUAUUAUCAAAUAAAUCGGAAAAGAUUAGAGAUGAAGAUGUAAAAUUAGAGGGUGAGCUUACAACAAAACAAUAUUAUCAAGACAAAUACAGGAAAAUGGUAAAGAUUGUGGUGAACCACUGCGACUCUAGCCACAGAAUCGUUGGGACCAACAAGCUGCUGAGAACUGCAAUAAAGUACGGCUUUGGGAUAGUGGAACUCAGCUCAGAGACAGGAGUUAACCUAGAUUUCUUGAUGAAUCACCUCAUAGAAGUACUUAUUCCUGAAGAAGCAGUUGAGAAAAUUGAGACAAUUGAUGUCAAAGAUAACUAUCAGAAUAAAGAAAUGAAAGGAGCAUUGGAGAGAUUGAAAGAAAAGUAUGGGGACACAAUAGAGAUAAUAACAUAAUAUUUCAAUCUAGUGAA